AUGCCUCCGCUCGCCCAGGAAUCGGCGCGCUUCAAGAGACCGCCUCGCGAUGCGUCCCUGCCGCGGCCGUCGCGUCCGUCGCUGCCGGACGGCUUCGAGUCGGACGACGGCGCGAGGAGCGACGGCGGCGCGAGAAGCGACGUCGACGCGUGGAGCGACAGUGACGUGAGGAGCGACGACGAACGGUGGGCGGAGGGACUGCUGGACAUCGGCAGUGCGGCGGACGACGCAUCCCCGCCCGCCUCGAUUUCUGCCACCACCCAAUCAGCCAAGUUCCGCUGCCUGCAGUGCGGCAGCUCCGCGCAUCCCUCGUGGCUCUGCGAUGCCCCUCCGCCAGCCGCUCGCUGCGCGCACUGCGCCGCCAAGGAGAAGGGUAAGCGGCCCUUGCCGUGCCCGGACGUCGCCACCGCUUUGAACCGCAUCACAUCUUGCCGUGCGACGGCUGACGUCGCCGGCAUGCAGGCUGCAAUCGACGGUUUGCAGCGCGCCGGCCAUCGCCCGCCGCUGGAGGCGUUUUCGCAGGUGAUUGCGACGCACGCGACGCUGGGGGAGCCAGAAAAGGCGGAAGCGGUGUUGGCGGAGAUGGAAGCAGCGGGGGUGGCGGCGGACCCGGUGUGCUACAACGCCGUGGUCAACGCCUUCUGCUCCCGCGCGCGCGUGGACGAGGCGCUCACUGUGCUGCGGCGCAUGCGGUUCAACGGGUGGGAGCCGACGGCCAGCACGUACAACACGCUCAUCAAAGGCUUCGGCGCCGCCAAGCGCCCGGAAGACGCGGCGAAAGUCGCGGAGAUGAUGGUGGGACGCGCGGGAGCAGCGGCAGGGCGGCGCAAGGGCGGGCGGAGCUGGUCGCGGGAGAAGCUGCGGGGGACGGGGAGGGGCGGGGGGGAGGGGAAGGGCGGCGAGUUGCGGACGUACAACAUGUUGCUGAACGCGUGGUGCGAGCGCGGGGACGUGGAGCAGGCGCGCGCGGUGCUGCGCGAGAUGCGCGCAGCGGGCGUGGCGCCGGACGCGGUGUCGUACAACACGCUGAUGAAGGCGUACGGGCGGCUGGGGCGCCCCAACGACUGCGAGCGCGUGCUGCGCGAAAUGGUGAACGCGCUCGUGCGCCCCAACGCGCGCACGUUCGGCAUGAUGGUGCGCGCGCUGUGCGACGUGGGGCGCAUGGCGGACGCGGAGGUGGUGGCGGAGCGCAUGCGCGAGUGGGACGUGGCGCCGAACGCGACCAUCUUCAACACCAUCGUGAAGGGGUACUGCCAGGCCGGCCAGCCGCUCCCCGCCGCGCAGCGCCCCACUCACCACCAUUCCCCGCAUUUCUCCCCACUCACCGCCGUCCCCCACGACCCCCCACGGCGCUGGGCCCGGCAGGUGCUGCAGAAGAUGCGGUUGGCGGGCGUGCCCCCCGACCUGGCGUCGUACUGCACGCUCAUGAACGCGUGGAGCACCGCGGCGCGCCCCGACCGCGCGCGCGCCGUACUGCAGGAGGCCAUGGCGGCGGGGCUGGCGCCAGACGUGGAGGCGUUCUCGGUGCUCGCCAAGGGGUACCUGCGCGCAAGGCAGGGGGACGCCGCCGAGCGGCUGCUGGACGAGAUGCGCGAGCAGCAUGGGUUGGCGCCGAACGUGGUGACGUACACGACGGUGAUGGGCGCGUACUGUAGCAUGGGCGCGCGCAUGGACUCCGCCAUGGCUGUGUAUGAGCGCAUGGUGGGCGCGGGCGUGCGCCCCAACGCUUUCACGUUCCGCACGCUCAUCUGGGGCUUCUGUGAGGCGCGCCUGCCCCACCGCGCGGAGGCCGUGCUGCGCCUGAUGGAGGCGGAGGGGGGGCCGCUGGACGCGCGGUGCUACGAGCAGACGAGCCUCGCGUGGCAGUCCGUGGGGCUGUGGCGCGACGCCCAGCGCAUCGCCGCGGAGAAGCGCGACAAGUGUGGCGCGCAGGGCGGGGGGACGCGGAAGCUGAGCAAGCGCGAGGAGAGGGGCAGGCGGGUGAGGGCGGAAGGGGGUGGGACAGGGGGAGAUAGGAUCAGAGGGGCUGGGGGAGGGAGCAGGGCGGGCUUGGGAGAUGGCAGUGUUGGGCAGACUGGCAAUGGGGCGAGUCAUGGCAGCAGCAGCAGUGAGAGCAUGAGAGGCAGUGAUGAGAGUGAUGGUGAGAGCAGCAGCGGUGGUGGUGAGAGGAUUGGUGUGGAGAGCAACAGCAGGGUUGAAGGUGCAGGGCAGGAGGGCGAGGGCAGCAGCAGUGCAGCAGCACAGCAGGCAGAAGCUGAGGGGAAGGCGGCAGUGAGGGUUGGAGGGGGCGAUAGGGGUGGCAGCGUCAGAUCAGGCAUGAUGAAUGGCAGGGAGUCUAGGGGGCCGAGCGGCAGUGCGAGGGGCAGUGGAAGAGGCAGUACGACUCGCAUAUGGCAAAGACCACAGUCCCUCCCUGUGCCACAAGGGGAGGUGGCAACUGGUGCAGGUGCCACCCAGUCAGAGGCCCAGAGGUCCCCGUCAGCCGCCCUGCAGCCCUGCGCUGCUGCUGCUCUCCACCUGCGCUCCCCCCUCCCCCUGCCACGCCCACACCUCCAGCCGUGGCAGCACUGCCAUUCGCCCCACGCCCCCCUCUCCGCUCUCACCUGGGCUGCAGCUGUCGCACCACACCGCGCUCCUCUUCUUGCCCUCCCCUUCUCCCUUGCUACGCUUCUCUCGCGCCCCUCUCCCACCACUGCCCGCUGCAAGCACCCCGUGCGCGUGUGUGUGGGGCCGGCACUGCGGCGGCUGCAGGCUGGCAGAACCGCUUACAGGCCCCUGUGUGCGGGCAGAGCCACACUGUCACGGCGCCCACACCCGCCCCGGCUGCUCGCACUGCCCUCCCGGGCCUCACAAGCAUGCCCCUCGCCUCGCACUCCCAGCCUCGCUUGGACCGGCAGCAGGCGAGUGGGUGAGACGGGCACAGCAGCUGCAUCGCGCAUGGGAUUGCUAUCCCGGCAACAAUCAUCGCACGGCUCGCACACCUGCCAAUCGCACCAUACAAGCCUCGCCUCGCCUCGCCUCGACCCCCCAGCACGUGCCAGGCUUCCUACUCUCUCCCUACACCGCUCCUCUUCGUCACUCUCACCCUCCGCGCCCAUGUCGGCCUCCGCCCGCCUGCGCGCAUGUGCAGUCGGCGGGCGCGAGGCUCUAUGGGAUGCUGGCGCGGGCGCGCGGAACAGCACCCAGGAGUCCGCCAUUCGGCGCUUGAAAUGGCCACCCGCAGAUGAUGGCGGCAUGCGCGGAAAGCUGAGUGCUGCGCCUAUGCCCCGCCGCUCACUGCUCUCCCUCAAGCGCCAAGCCCUGCGCCCCAGAAUGCCGCUCAGCGGACCUCCGCCGAUCGCUCUCCGCAGCACCAGUAGUCAACGCCAAGGGCGCGCGCCCCCCGUGGUGGCUCUAGCAGGCAGCAAGUGGCGACGCAGCGACCAGCCCCCCGUGCGGCUUCCGCCCGUGCUGAGCCCGUCCGCGUCCGCGCUGCUGCGCCAGCUGCGCCAGCAGAAGCUGCGCCGACAAAGAUGGGCGGCGCUGGAUGUGGCUAGCGCGGGAGGAGGGGGAGGCGGAGGGCGGAAGGGCGCGGAGGAGGACGUGGCGGCGGUGCUGCGCGAGCUGCGGCGCAGGGAGGAGUGGCACGUAGUGGCGCAUGUGUACGAGUGGGUGGUGGCGCGCGAGGGGUGGCGCGCGGAUGUGUCGGGGUACAAUCUGCUCAUGGACGCCUACGCGCGCUCAGGCGCCGCCCCCACCGCUCUGCGCGUCUUCCGCCUCAUGCAGCAGGGGCGCGUGCGCUUCUCCCUCCCACAGACGCGCGGACGGGAGAGGGCAGCGGGGGGAAGAGAGAGAGAUGCAGGGGAGGAAGGAGAGGGAGCAAGGGGAAGAGAGGGUAGAGGGCCGCGGGGAAAGGGGAGGGAGGAGGAGGAGGGGGACGGGGAGGAAUGGGAAGAAGUGGAGGGGGAAAGGGGGGAAGUGGGGGAGGAGGAGGUGGAGAUGUGGGUGGAGGAGGGAGUGGGCGUGUGUGUGCCCAGCGAGGCGUCAUUCAACGUGGUGCUGGGCGGCCUGUGUCGUCAGGGCCUGCUGCCGCCCGCUGAAGAGCUUUUUCAGGAGAUGCUUCACCGCGGCUACCGCCCCAGUGAGUGCUGCCGCCCCAGUGAGUGCUGCCGCCCCAGUGAGUGCUGCCGCCCCAAUUGGUGGGUGCGCGGCGGAAUGCAGAUGCUGAGCGGAGAGGCGAGAGCAGUUAGGCCAGUGGCGGGACGCACAGUAAUGCUCAAUCAGCCAUGCCAUGCCACCUCCCCUCCCUCCCUCCCCACCUCCUCUCUGUCCCCAUCACAAUGCUCUCCUCACCACCUGCCCUGCCUCUGCACCCGCUUCCCCCUGCCCCUUGCCUACCCUGCCCCACUGCCCCCUUUGCCCCCUGCCUCUCCCGCCCCUGCGCCCUGCCCUCUCCCCUCAGGUCUGGUGACGUACAACACGAUGGUGGAGGUGCGGGGCAGGGCGGGGGACGUGGAGGGCGCGGAGGGGCUCAUGCGCGCCAUGCGGGGGGAGGGCGUGCGCCCCACCGCCGCCUCCUACGCGCUGCUCAUGCACGCCUAUGGCAAGGCGGGGCUGCCCCAGCGCGCAGAGGAGGUGUUUGCAGGGCUGCACGGGGCGGCGGUGCUGCCCACGGUGCCGUGCUUCACGGCGCUGAUAGCGGCGCAUGCACGCGUGGGGCAGUGGCGGGAGGCACAGCGCGCGUACGACAGCAUCGCGCUCAUGGGGCUGCGCCCCGACCUGCACUCCACCACCGCCCUCCUGCACGCCCUCUCCACGGCGGGCGAGGUGGCGCGGGCGCGGGGAGUGCUAGAGGCCAUGCAGCGCACCACCGGUGCUGCCCCUCCGCCCUCCUGUGUCACCCCGCUGCUCGCCGCCCUGGCCCGGCAGGGACUGUGGACAGAGGCGGAGGAGGUGUAUGCAUCGCUAGCAGCGGCAGGCACACCCCCCCCGGUGCGGUGGCAGCACGAGGUGCUGCGUGCAUACGAGCGGGCAGGGCUGCCGGAGAAAGUGCAGGCACACCUGGCGCUGCUGCGCGGAUGGGGGGAAGGGGAGAUGGGGCGCACGCAGGAGGGGGAGGGGAGGGACGAUGCGGGGGAAGAGAGGAGACGUGGGAGAGGGAGUGGGAGGGGUGGUGGAGGGAGGGCGCGGGGGCGGGUGGACAGGACAAUGCUCAACUGCCUGGCGGGGGCACAUGGGCACGCGGGGGACAGGGCAGCCAUGCAGCGAGUGCUGGUGCGCAUGCAUGGGGGGGAGGGGGCGGCAUGGCAUGUGAGCUCAUACAACACCGUGCUCGCCGUGCUCGUGCAUGCUGCUGACAUGGCGGGCGCUGAGAGGCUCAUGGAUGACAUGCGGGCGGGCGGGGUGGCCCCUGAUGCCGCCACGUGGACCACCUUCAUGGGCGGGUACGCGGAGAAGAAGCUUCUGAGAAAGUGCAUGAGUGUGUUUAGGAAGAUGGUGGCAGCGGGGUUGCGUUGGGAUGCGGGGGCGGUGCGGGUGAUGCUGGCGGCGUGUCGCAGUGCGGAGCAGCAGGAGGAGGUGAGGCAGCUCGUGGAGAGUGUGGUCAGGAAGAGGACCAAGCGCUCCCUGCCCUCCCCCCCCUUCUCCUGUCCUAUCCCUCGUCGUCCGCCCUUCCCAAUUCGUCUGCUCGCGCCACGCGCGUCCCGCGCAUUCCCUCGCCCGCCCGCUGCUCUUCCCGCUGAUUCCGUGCCUUCCACCGCGUCUCCGCCCUCGACACCGCAAGCCCCGCGCGAAUGGCGGAAGCUGUGGGCGCAACUGGCGCGGAAGUGGGCCAUGCGGGGGCGGCGGUGGCGGUGGGGCGUGCUGGACGGGUACCUCUCGCGCAGCAUGGCGCGCCCCUUCGCGGUGGCGGCGGGCGUGGCGGCGAGUGUGGGCGUGGCGCUGGGGUCGCUGGCGGAGGUGGCGCGCGUGGCGGCCAACACGGGCGCGCCGCUCCGCCUGGCGCUGCUGGUCGCGCUGCACCACCUCCCGCGCUUCCUCGCGCUCGCGCUCCCCCCCGCCUGCCUCGCCGCCUCCCUCUUCGCCUUCUCCCACCUCCUGGUGCGCCCCCCGCCCCUUUGCGCCCACACAAUUCCCUCCCCCACUUGCGCCCACAUACGCGCCUACCCCUUGCAUCCGCAUCCCUACCCCCCUCCCUGCAGCGUCGCUCGCAGGUGGCGCGGGGCUGAGUCCCUCAAUUGCAACCCACCUUGUCACCCUCUCUGCCCCUCCUUCCAAUUGUCCCCUGAUGCCCCCCUCGAGUGCCCCCAGGCGCAGAGCGAGCUGGCGGGCAUGGCGGCGGGGGGAGUGGCGUGGGGCAGGCUGCUGCGCGCGCCAGUGUGUGUGGGCGUGGCGGCAGGCGUGCUCAUGCUCGCAUGCCAUGAGCACGUGGUGCCAUGGGCCAUGGGCAGUGUCAUGCAUGCCAUGUCAGGUGGUACUACCAGAGGCCGUGUGCACCCUCACCACCUCACCCCCACCCUGCAACCCACUCACUCAUCGCCUGCUCACCCUCCUCUCCGCUCCUCUCUCCAUUCACCUCCGUGCCCGCCCCUCUCCGCCCACCAGGCGCAGCACCACCAUGACCCCCUCGCACUCCUCCUCGCCCAUCUUCACCCCCCCUCACCACACUCCACCAUCGCCUCUCCUCUCACCGGCAGUGCAGGGGGGGCAGCGGCGGCAGCGGGGAAGGGGGGCGAGGGAAUGUUGGGAGGGGGGGCGGGGCUGUGGCGGGUGUGGUAUGCGGGGGAGGUGGGGGGGGGUGCCAUGCGACGUGUCAUGCUGCUGCACCUCGCCCCUCAGGGGCACGUGCAGGCCGUGGUGGCAGCGGAGCGGUGUGAGUGGCAACCACACUCGAGCACGUGGCGCCUCCUCAACUGCUGUCUGCUGCCGCUCGCCCCGCCUGACUGCCUGCCUUCCACCACACACACCAUGGCACCACCAUCGCUGCAACCACCUGCCGAACCGCUCUCCACCACACCAUCCUCACACGGCGCCGCUACAGCACCGGCCUCCUUCUCUCUGCUGCAGCUGGAGUCACUGGACGUGCCACUCGCCUCUGCGCUGCCCUCCUCCUCGCCUCUCGCUGCCCACGCCGCCCUGCCGCCCGCCUGUCUCCCCCGCAGCCUCCUCACAGCGCGCGCCAGGCACCUGCGCGCGCAGCUCGCAUGGCUGCAGCGCCAGGCACCCCGCAAGGGGCCAAGGUGGUGGGGAAGGGACGAGCGGGUGGUGAGGGAGCAGCGCAGGCGGGUGGCGGAGCAGCGGAGGAGGGUGGCAGAGGCGGAGAGUGACUUGGUGCUGCGCGAUGCCAGCUGUGCCUCCUGUGUGGCGUAUGCUGUGCUGGGGGCGGUGGCAGUGCUGGUGACAGCGGCCCCUGCCAGCAAGCGGGUCAUCUGGGUGGGGGGCCAUCGCACGGCCACGGUCAGCAGAGGGGCGCCCUUCCAGCUGGCGCUGCCCCUUGCUGCCGCCUUCCACCUGCUCUCCGCUGCCCUCGCUGCUGCCGCCCGCUCCGCCCUCCUGCCCCCUCUCCUCGCUGCGUACCUGCCGCUCCUGCUCAUGCUGCUGCUGCCCCCGCUGCUGCUGGGCUCGCAGGGGGGCAGCGCAGAGACAGAGGCACGGGUGAGGGUGGGAGUGAAUAGCACGGAGGGAAUAGGAGAUGGGAAGAAAGUACUGUGA